AUGACGGACACUGCGGAUGAGACAGGCACAGCAGUUGCAGAGCCUCUCGACUUGGUUCGGUUGUCCCUCGACGAAAUUGUCUUUGUCCGACUUCGGGGUGAUCGCGAGCUCAAGGGAAGGUUACAUGCAUACGACAGUCAUUGCAAUCUUGUCCUCGGCGAGGUGGAAGAAACGAUCUACACAAUUGAGGAAGAAGAAGACGGAGAGGAAACUGUCAAGACGACGAAAAAACAGUCAGAUAUGCUGAGACUCCGUCGUUCUCAUUUCGCCGCAACCCGGAUCAUGAUUUUGAGUCCUAUAACGCUUCCCAAGCGGCCAACAGACUACAACAUGCGCAACACAAAUGUCUUGACCGAGAGAAUGACAUCGCAGUUGCACAAGCCAGACAACGCGCAGCCAGGGCGUUGA